ACGUUCCCAACGCAUUUUGGAAAGUUGGCGCGGGGCGAAGCUAAUCGGUCAAACCUUUUCCCGGAUGAAUUUAAUUGGUUUUGAAUCGAGCUCACAGUGUAAGGUUAAACAUGUUAGAUGGUGCCCAGUUCGUGGAGGCUCUAUGCCGUCUGGGUUAUCCUGGCGCAGCUUCGCUUAAGGCUUCGGAGUUCGAUUGGCUGUUUGACUGCGCCCCGGAGAACCUUCAUUUCUUGCGCUUUGUCUGCCGCACCCUCAACCAAAGCAACGUUCUUACCACAGAGGAGGCCGCUGCUUUUCAGGAACUGCAGAAGUCCGGCAAGCCAAUUCUGGAUGAAACGUCCCUGGCGGAGGUUCUCAAAACUGUAGGGCCUUCGGAUGGCAGCAGUUCUAAUCUCUUCGGUCAACUUUCCUCAUCCUUUGUGUUUGCGACAGAAGGGGAUUUGACCAUAACAGAGCUGGAGGAAGAACUCCAAGCGCUGCGUAAGGAGAAAGAGUUAAAGCAGCGGCGCUAUAACAAACUGCAGGUAGCAGCCACGUCCCAUGCAGAUGUUGACCUGCAGCUCGGCACUGAGCUGGAGCGUUCUGCCUGCAGGCUUAAAGAAGCCAUUGCAUUGGUUGGAGGAGAGAAUGCCGAUACCAACUCUGUGUUACAAAGCCUAAUGGAUGAGGUCAGCAGGCUUGGAUCUUACCUUCCUCAGUCAGAAGCUCAACAAAAACCAGAUCAGUCAAAGCCAUUUGUUUCCCAAAAACCCACAGUCCUGCUCUCUCAGCUGUCUUUGGAUCCAUACCUGCAUCAAGAGGAGCUCAACACAAAAACACUUGCUGCCCUCACUCAGAAGCAUUUCUUUCAUGGCAUUUCUGACAUCACCAUCGAGACCUCUUGCUCUGAGCGCCUCCAAGUCCUCGACCUCAGCUCCUAUCAGGAUGAAGAGGACACGGGUAGUGACUGUAAAGAUGGAACGGUUGAGCACAGGAGGGCGGAAAUGGCCCGACUUCAAUGGUCGCACAUCGUGGCUCAGCACCAACUGAUGCAGGCUACGGCAGAAGAGAAGGCAGUCAAGGCCGGAUUAGACUGGCUCUCAGAAAAGGCCCGGCAGACUAAGAGCAUUUCCACCUCAUCUUCACUGCCUGUACGCAAAGCUGUCACUAGGAAGGAGCUGCAAGCUGUCGAGGCUGAGCUGGAAGCUCUGCUUCAUGGACCAGUACCUUCUGCUCUCAGAGAGUCGGCCAGGCUGCUUAAUGUUCCUGUAGUCCGGGGAGACCUAGCCCUGCAGCUCACCAGACAAAACUACUACACCUCAAGGCAGGACCAGGUACGGGAUUACUUACUUCGGCAGAAAGCGUCCUUCGACUUGCUCCUCCUGGCUCAUGAGAUGGAACUGAGAAGGUGGAAGUCCUGUCAGAGUCACCUGGUGGAAGUCGAUAGGCGGCUUUCUGAGGAAAACAGAGCAGCAUCACUGAGGAUAGAGUCUCUGGGUCAUCCAGACCUGGCUGUCAACCCGAGGCCUAACCCCAUCAUCAGCUCCAAGGAUGCAGCGUUCAGCAGGCUUCUGAAGAUCCUUGACUAUGAUUCGGACCAUGGUCGAUCAGAGCCUUUCCGAACAUAUGAGGCUUUGGACCAAGCAGCUCGUAGCCUGAGGACCAACAUCCAGCUAGCUCGCGACUCAUUAGCCGGCGCCUGCCGUGAGCAGCGCUAUGUGGCCGGCCGUCUGUAUAGUGACUGUGAAGCGCUGCACAGGGCCACGUAUACAGAGCUGCAGCAGUUGGUCUUAGGCCCCCAGGUAUGUCCAACUGCCAGUGCCGACCAGGACCCUCUUUGCCCCAAUGCACAGGAGCUGACGCUGAAACUUGCAGAAGCAGAUUCUCAGUUGCAGAAUCUCCAGCAAGUGAUGCAAGAAAUCCUGGGAGAAGUCAAAGCUAAGCGCUCUCAGCUAGAACGCAAUCCCCUGCUCCGGCGGGAAAGGGAACUGUACAUAUUCUUCCACUUGGAUGCACGGCUUCUGCAGAAAGUCGUGGAAGAUCUGGAGAGCAGGAUGACUAAGAAAGAGGAGCAGUGAAAACCACGAGGAGAUCGUUCAGACAUCUCAGCUCCUGUUCCUGCUCUGAUAAUGCGGACUGUUAUUACCAUCUUUUUUUCCCCUUUUACUAUAGAUGUUUCUGUAUCGUUAUAGGUUUGAUCCACUCUUUGGUUCCUUUGUAAAAGUGAUAAUCAAAUAGAAAACUGGUUGUGAUUAUUUGAAUUACAUAAUGCAUUUAAAAUGAAUUUCCUACUCUUUUAUUCUAAAAUAUGAUCUUUAUCUGCUGAAUAAAAUUCUAUUAACCGUA